UGAUUCUAGUUGUUUAUAUUGACUAUAAAAAAGACGUAGCUUGUGUCUAUACUGUGAUUACAAGUUUAUGGGCGAAUUCUCACGAAAAAAGCGACGGUUGGGUUGGUCGCGCUAUUCCACGAAAUCUGUUCUUUGUUGGUUAUCCUGGAAGAUACAGCUGUUACCGGCCUUGUUUUUAAAAUGCUCCUGUUCUCUGAGCUUUCGGCCGCUCGAGUCAUAUCGAAAAACAUUAUUUGCAUUAUACAUAUUUAAUAAUGAGUGCCAUAAAAAGUCAUUAAAAAUCUGAAAUAAACAUAAGUGACACUUGAAUGAACGUUUCAACAGUUUAUAUGUUUUAGGAUACGUAAGGAGGUUAUAUAAAUUAGGAUGCCUGCUGGUAAACGAGCUGUACAGCAUUCUGUGAGGCUAGAAGAGCUGAAAAAGUUUAAAGAAAUAUUUGAUGAAAAUGAACACUUAUUACCAGACUCAAAUGCAAUUUGGACUCAAGUUAGUGAAAAACUUGACGUUAAAAGAAGGAACAUAUAUGAAUAUGUUCAUCAAGACAGACAAAAUGUUAAAACGAACCUACUAAAGUAUUUUCGUGAUAACGAGAAUGCAAAAAAUGCAACAAAUUGCAAUGAAAGAGAAGAAAAUGAGCAGAAUGAUAUAAAUUAUAAUCUAAAAAAUAAUGAUCAGAAAUAUAGAUUGAAGCAAUGUAACAAAGACAGCUAUAAUAACGAAAGCUCUGAAGAUCAAAGCUGUGAAGAAGAAAGCUCUGAAGAUCAAAACAGCUGUGAAGAUGAAAGCUCUGAAGACCAAAACAGAUGUGAAGAAAAAAGCUCUGAAAAAAAGUGUAGAAAAAACUGAUCAAAAAUACUUCAAUGUAUUAGAUAUGUUGCAUCAAUUAAGACUAGAUAUGCAAUUUAAAAAAUUUAUACGUCAAAUCAAUUAUGUAUAUUUUUACUGUAUGUGGUGGAGUCCAGAACAAAUACAGUUUUACAGAUCAGUUUUAAGAAAAAUUAACUAUUUAGAAUUAUUGGUAUUGGAAGAUUGUAUUAAUGAAAUAAGUAUUUCAAAGAAUACGAGUGGAAAGAUAAAUUUAUGUACAAUUGUUGGAGCUUCUGAUUCAAGUCAAGUGUUUUCAUUUUGUCAAAUGCUUUCAGAAAGUUUUGAUAAAUUAUAUCUGUUCUUCUCAGAAUGGAUAAGAUCUGGUGCAUCGAUACCUGAAGAAAUUCUUUGUCCUCCUAUAUACAAAGUUUUAUCCGCUGUUUGUGAUGCAUUCAAUGGAUCAAUUACUUAUGAGCAGUAUCUUCUGCAAUGUUUUCUUGUUCUUUCAAAUUUAUUGGUUUCUAAUCGUUUACCAAAGUGCACAUUUCAUAUACCGAUCACAAGUGUACUCACAUGGAUGGAAGAAUUAGAGUGCUUUAAAAAGGAU